UCAGAAACACAGCUCAAAGCUCUCAUCUCUUCAGCCCCACAGAGGAACACCAAGGAUAAAGACGCAGAUCCACGGCAAUCUUGUUGAUCAUGGAACAUCACAGAUUGAAUCUGAGGACCAUGACUUUCCUGAUCAUCCUGCUGGGAGCAGCAAUGGUGCUCUUUUACGGAUGGUAUGUCCAGCACAAGUGCAGCAGUGUCACAGAGUCCAACAACAGAGUUCAUGUGUUGGUGCUCACGUCGUGGCGAUCAGGUUCCUCUUUCCUGGGUCAGGUGUUCAGCCAACACCCGUCGGUGUUCUAUCUCAUGGAACCCGGGUGGCACGUGUGGACACAAUUGAGGGUUGGUGCACGGAAAACCCGGAUGGCUGUAAGGGAUCUGUUACAAAGCCUAUUCCAGUGUGACUUCUCAGUAAUGGAGUCUUACCUGGAACAGACGUCUCACAUCUCCAACUUGUUCAUGUGGAGUCACAGUCGAGCACUGUGCUCGCCUCCAGCCUGCUCUCUCACACCGCGCAACCAAAUAAGCAACCAGACUGAGUGCCUCAAAGUGUGUGGCACUCAGGGCCUGGAGGGGGCGCAGGAUGCCUGCAGCACUUACAGCUAUGUGGUGUUGAAAGUAUGUCGAGUGCUUGAGCUGGAAUCCCUCUACCCACUUCUCCAGGACCCAAGUCUAGACCUUCACAUCAUCCACUUGGUUCGAGACCCGAGGGCAGUGGUGCGGUCCAAAGAGUUGGUAUUUGGAAACUUUUUCAUUGAUAAUGACAUGGUCCUGGAGCAGAGAAAUGUCACAGUGGAGGAGGUGCAGUAUGAAGUCAUGCGGGAGAUCUGUAAUAGCCACGUGCGCAUCACUGAUAGAGCUCUUGUGAAUCCCCCUCCCUUUCUUGAAGGCCGUUACAAGUUGGUUCGCUAUGAGGAUGUGGCGAUUAACCCACUGGAAGAGAUAAAUGCCUUGUAUGAGUUUGUUGGUCUGGGGAUGACCAGCACACUGGCAGACUGGAUCUACAGGGUGACACAUGGCAAAAAACUAGCCCCUGGAAAAGAAGCCUUCCAAAUUACUUCCCGAAGUGCUGCAGAUGUUUCACAGGCCUGGCGCACCGCUUUACCAUACAAUAAGGUGAAACGGAUCCAAGACGUGUGUAAGCCAGCCAUGACAUUGCUCGGCUACAGAACAGUUAACAGUGAAAAAGAGCAAAAGAACCUUGACUUGGAUCUGCUGGUGCCACAGGAACCAUAUCAGCUGGUUACCAGCAAAAACGGAGAACCCCAAUAAGCUGU